AUGUCGAGCCGGACGGCUCCGUCUCCGGGUGGGCGUCGUGCAGCCGCAUCCUUUGCUGUUUCGCCAGUGCCAUUGUGUCGGCGCUUCGGCUGCUGCUGUGGGUCUGGCGCAUGCUGCGACCCAGCCAGGCCAGUUGACUGGGCCGGCGCAGGGUCCCGUAGGGGCCUGCGCGUCGCUGCCGCCGCGGUGCCUGCGAGGGCAUCGCAGCUGCGGUCGGUUGAGCGUGAAAACUCUGCGUUUGUUAAGGAUUCUGGUGGUCUGUCUGCAGUUGCACUAGUAAUAGUGGGGCUGCGGGGCUGUUGUGUCGGAAGGAUGGCCCCUGCUAAGAAGAUCAAGGCCCUGAAGCAUCUCAUAUGUGGUUUUUUCCCGGGCAUGCCUUUGCAAAACGAAGACGUCGGUGGACCUCGACCUGCACUGCGGAACCAAGUUUUACCGCAGGAGUCUAGCUCCAGCGACUUCGGUCUUAGUGGCAGCCGCGGAGGGAGCCGCAGCAGCCGCAACCGAUUUGACCGCAACGCGCCGCUGCUCGCGUACAUCGGCCACGACCACCUUGCAACCGUGCGAAAAACGCUCUUCCCCAUCUCGCCUGGCCCAAAGCACGGCGACUACGCGAACAACCCUGUCGCAAACCUGCAGCGACUACGGGCUAGGGCCCUCGUUCCCAGCAAUCCAGAUUGCGAUGCGUACUUUAUCGCGGUGCUUCUAGCCAUGGCCCAGGCGCGCUUCUAUAGCAAGUCCACCGGCCGGAGGAAGAGCGGCUGGGCAAGGCGCUCGGGUCAGACAUCACUGGCACUGAGUUCUUCGCGCCGGGCUGACACCUUUCACUCGCCCGAUGAACUUCCCCUGUACGAGGCAGAAGUUGAGAGAAGACGGCUCGACGAGGAGCGUCGCUACCGCGAGUACCAGCCCUUGCGGCGGGAGGAGCAUCGUCUUAGACUAUGCCAACUCCCCUCGAAGAGCUUCGACGAGGAUAACAAGAAACGGAGUCGAAAAUCCAGUCAUAGCAGUGGCGGUGGCGGCGGUGACGAACCCCCCUCGCCCUCGCCCUCGCCCUUUAAGCGGCGCCGGGGCGCGAGCGCGGCGGAGGUCCAGUCGAGCAUGGCGCUGACAGAGCAGCCAGAGUAUGGCCCGCUGGACGAGCUUCAGGGACUCUGGCUCGGGGCUACUUCCAGCGCAGAAGUAGAGGUCGACGACAGCGACGUCAAGAUCUCCGCUAUGAUCUUCAAGCAGGCAAUGUGCGACCAUGGACAUCAGCGUCGAUUUGCCCUGCUUGCCGUGAAACGCACUCCGGCAUAUCACUCCAUCACCCCGGCAUAUCACUCCAUCGAGACCGGCAGGCUCAAGGGUAACCGUCUUCUGAGCGGGAACGUGUGCAAUCAGUAUAUAUAG